CGAUAUUCCAAGCCAUCCUGCAUCAUUUCAUUGCCAUUGUUGUCAUGUGUAAAGCAAUCAAGUCCAUCAUGAGCAAACUCGUCAUUGCGGCCACCUCAUUGUAUACCCGAGGUGUAUUGGCAACGACCUCUUCCUACUGCCCAAACAACCAAGACGCCUGUUUCCGCUGGGGAGUGCCUACGACAGCGGCAAGCUCAGGGACGGGGGAUGUUUACUUCCAGGUCAAAGCCCCAACGAGCUACCAAUGGGUGGGCCUCGGAAUCGGUUCGGUGAUGGCAGGCGCCGACAUGUUCUUGGUGUACCAAGACGGCACUGGAAAUGUCACCCUGAGCACAAGAACCUGUACAGGCCACAACAUGCCCCAAUACACACAGAGAUCCCAGGUCGAGCUCAUCGACGGAUCAGGCGUCAGCAACAGCUACAUGGUGGCCAACAUCAAGUGUAUGGACUGCAGCGGACUUGACCUCUCGGGUUCCAAUUCAUGGAUCGCAGGCUGGAAGCAGGGUGCUGCGUUAGACUCGACCGAUCCCUCACACAGCAUCCAGGAGCAUGAUGGCUAUGCUUCCUUUCAAGUGGACUUUUCUCUCGCGACCUUCAGUUCGAACGGAAACCCUUUUACAGGCUCGAGUGGCAGUUCCGGGUCUGGGGCGAUUUCCCAGUCGAGCAGCAGCACUAGCGAGCACCUUGUGAACGCCCAUGGGAUCAUAAUGGCCAUCGUUUUCGCCAUCGCAUAUCCCGUUGGCGCUGUUCUCAUGCCCAUCCUCGGGAAGUGGAUGAUCCAUGCAGGCUGGCAGGUCUUUACCUUCUUAGGCAUGUGGGUUGGGUUUGGAAUCGGCUACGUUAUUUCUCGCGAUGAUGGCUCUUGGGGGAAAGAGAGCCAUGUAAUACUCGGAGUUGUUAUAUGCGCCUUACUUGGACUCCAACCAUUUCUCGGAUGGGCACAUCACGUCCACUUCAUCAAACAUCAACAACGAGGAAUCAUCAGCCACGCGCACAUUUGGUACGGCAGAAUUCUCAUGAUCCUUGGUAUCAUCAACGGAGGGGUAGGGCUCCAGCUUGCGAGUGCCCCAUUGUCACAGACCAUUGCGUACGCGGUGGUCGUUGGCCUUAUGGCUGUAGCAUACGUCGUCAGCACGUCUAUCUGUGUGGUGAAGAGGGCACGGACCCAAAAGCAAUCUUUGCUUGCUCAGAACCAAAGUGAGGAAGAAGGCCCGGAGACUUGGAUGCAAAUGCCCCCAGGCCGAACCCGAGAUGAGUGGGUCAGUUUGGAGGAUGUGAGUGGAAACGGAUAUGUUGAGCAAGGAAGGCAUGUGUAAUAUGUCUGGGAUGAGAUCAAGCAUCGAGAGAUCCUUGAGACGUUGGUGCGCCCGAGCAAACGAGUAAAAGGUGCAAGAGAUAGAAUAGAGAUCGGUGUGUAGUGGGCAUAUAGUGACCACCGCAUCAACUUCCGCGGGUGAUGUACGUUGGCCACUUGGCAGAUCCCUUGAUUCGCUCUUUCGUAGUUUUAUAAUUAGUGCCGGCACUGCCCCGUGGCCGAUCGUAAAAUAGCCUACUUGAUCCAGCUAUGUUGAACGAGGCGUUUCAUGUUUAAUCCUGCCA